AUGCUCUCCAGGGCUGCGUAUGCAGGCCGUGUAUGCCAGAGAUGUCGCGUCCAAUUCACCCUUAACAGCACCUUGGUGCGUCCGAUUCUCCUUGCGCCGACUCCGUUCCCCCUCAAGCUCCCGCGCCUACGAUUCUCGACCAAUUCGCCAAUUGACGCCGAUGUCACACCAGAACCGACCGAAAAGCCCCCAGCCGAGGGCGAAGCACUCGAACAACAGGAUGGUGCCCUCCCACCACCGGACACCAUUAACCCCACGACGGCCACCGCGAGAAGCUGGGCGCCUUUAGAUGCCAUAGUGGGCGAGGAAGGCCAAACCCCCGAUUUAACAAUCACGCGAUCUAGACAAAAAUGGAAGCGAAAGGAGAGGGUACCGCGAACCCGCGGCCUCGACAUCGAGGCGCCGAGCCUGGGCAUGCCCAUACUCGGCCAGCCCGGCCAUACCAUCGCUGCUGCAGAAGACAAUGAGGGCGGCACCGCGCCUCUCAGCGGUUUUGACCUCGAGGAGAGCCUGGCGGAGCAGAAGCGGGACAUCACAGUCGCAGAAGCGCGCCAGAACAUCACUGAGCUCCAGCCCCGGGAGCCCCGCGACCUCCUCGCGCGCGAGUUCGAUGAGCUCCUCAACACCUUAAUGGACGGCUUCACCGUCCGGCAGCUCGCCGACUACGUCUAUCACUUUAUCACCGGGAAGCCCGCCGCGUCCGUGGAGGAGCGCGACGCCCUGAUCCGGCCGCUGACGAGCCACUCCGCCUCGGCGAGGCACCGCACCGCUCCCGCUUUCAAGUGGAUCCAGGCCCAGAUGGCGCUGGCCAUCAUGCGCCUCUGCUGGGAUCUUAAGGUUAUGGAAGAGGCCCCUUAUAUCGGCGAGCUAGAGAUCAAGGCCGACGAGGACACCCUCAACUUUUUGCUUCUCGAAAACAAGGUUUUGAACGCCAUUAAAAGGUCGCUAGGUGAAGGUGCAAGUAUCAAGAUCAGGCCCGAAAACGGGCGGGUGCACAUCUUCGCUACCCGCUCCAAAUGCGAGACCGUCCUCGCCCGCCUUAACGAUUUCGUUUCCCGCAUCGCCCAAUCUAGCAUUCCCUUGAGCCAUCUCGGCCAGCGACGUCUUGAGAAUGAGGAUCUACGCCAGCUAAGCAUUCUGACCAACACAUAUCUGCGAUACAAGUCCCGCGGCCCUAAACCCGCCACCGAGUCUCGCGCUUCCACCGGCGCGAUUCUUGUCUCCCGUCUCACCCCAGCCAAAGACGAUCGCCACCCCGGUCUGGAGAAGACCCAAGACGUCGUCUUCCGCCUGCUCCACGCCGCGACCUCCCGCCGUGCAGAGGGCACCACCGUCUCCAAAAUUGUGACGGGCGACGGGCCCUCGCCGCGCCUGAGAACCUCCUUCUCGCCCGCCACACGGGCGACUACAGCAAGAUGCCCCGCUGACCCUUCCGGCACCGACGGUGGCAACAUCCCUCCCAGCGUCCUGAAGCUGGCACUGCCUCCGCGUCAGGGUGGGGAGGACCUACCUGCCGCUCCCUCCUCUGACUGGAAGCCUCACGAGAUCACGACGACCGCUACCUUUGGCCACAUCCUUCAUCCGUUUGAGGCGGACGGAGCCUCCCCCUUUAUCCAGCUGUCUCUCAGCGGCACCCUCUCCUGGCCCGACACCGAGAAACGCCUCCUCGCCGUUCCUACUACACACCGCGCCAAGAUCCAGAUACCCUCUGCGCCUUCUGACGUCGAGAUCACCCAGACCAUCCAGCACCAGAUGCGGGCUGACGCCCUCGACGCUGCCCACGGCCUCCGCGCCUUCGUCGAGACCGCUGCUCUCGACCUCGCCGCUGGGGACCUGCGCACCCCGGCCAGCCUAGCCAUCGCUCUCCCCACUGCCAUCUUCACGCGCGCCCCCGCCAACAGACAUGCCAAAUCAGCGUCAGGCGCCGUCCCAUCAUCGUUGUCGCCGUCCCAUACCGAGCCCUUAGCCCAAGAAGAAGUCACGCAAGCGGACAGCUCAGCAGCUCUCCCACCCGCCGCCAAGACCGUCAACGUCGCCUAUACGUUCGCCGGCCUUGAGCUCCAUACCACCGCUUCUAUCCCUUUCCGGGGCCACAUCCUCCGCUACACAGCCGUCGAGGGCGGCCACCGCGCUGGCCGAAGCGGCCGUCUCUCGCUCGAAGCCGCCCCUGCUCCGGGAGACGACGGCAACUCCUCGAGCGCGAGCCCCAGCGACAGCAAGCUCCAGAGGGCAUUUCUUAAAGAAGUAGCGCAGAUUGCCAGAGGCGCGUACUUUCCCUGGACGGGCACCCGGCCCGUGGACCAUGUCGCCUCUACGGAAGACAUGGGUGCAUAA